AUGUCAUGUGUUUCUCCCGCCCCGGUGAUCUGCACUCGAGACUCCCCUUCGUCACAUCAACUGCGCAACAAUACAACAAACACUCCUUUACCACUUCUCCUCCAUUUUAUACUCCCUCCAUCUCGCCUGUCUGGUGGCGCGCUCUCGCCCAUCAUGGACGUCGUCGCAGCUGUGUCCGGCUACAUCUCCAAGAUGGUGACGGCGGGCGAGUCGGCUACGGGGUCUUCGUCCACCAAGAUGAAGAUCCUGCUUCUCGAUAGUGAGACAGUGGGAGAUGCGCUCUGCUCGUGA